AUGGCUACUCAGUGGCUAGGGGCUAUUCCUCCUCCCCCCGGAGUUACUCCUAAUAUCGUCGACCCCCCAAGCCAAUGGAAUGGCAAUAUCGCCCUUCAUACAGUAUGCCUUACGUUGGCUACAACUGCAGUUGCGAUGCGGAUAUACACCCGUACCAUCAUCACUCGCACUAAGAUGGGAGUAGAUGACUAUCUCUGCCUCGUUUCAUUUGUUCUGACCGUCGCCUUUUCGGCGUUGAUGAUAAAAUCGUAUACUCUGGGUAUCGGGCGCCAUUUAUGGGACACUCCACCGCUCUGGCUUUCAGACGCUCUGAAGUAUUUCACUUUUGCGCAAUACGUUUACUUGAUUCUUACCGCAACGAUCAAACUCACUUUCCUCUUCUUUUACCGCCGUGUCUUCUCGCCGCAGACCUUGUCAAAAAUACUCAUCAGUUUCGGUAUCGUCUUCGUUAGCACUUCCCAUGUCGCAAUUUUAUUUGCGACCGUCUUCUCUUGCUCUCCUAUUGCACGUGCAUGGAACCUGGCUAUUCCUGGCCGCUGCAUCAAUCCAGUCAUCCUUCCAUACCUAUCCGGUGCUCUUAGCUCAGCAACGGACCUCUACGUUCUUAUCCUGCCAAUUUACCCCGUAUGGAACUUGAAUAUGAAACUUCGCCGCAAGAUCAAGCUUCUUGCUGUUUUCGGCCUAGGCAUUUUCGCCGUUGCUGCCAGUAUAGUUCGACUUGCGGAGACUCCUGUCCUAAAGAGUAGCCCCGACGCUACGUGGAAUAUCUCUCGAUUGGCUGUCUGGGCCGUCAUCGAAGCAAAUAUCGGAAUCUUCUGUGGAUGUUUAUUGCUCCUUCCCGCCUUUCUUGAUCGCCACUGGCCCAAGGCCUUCUCUUCCUCGGUUAAAGGAUUAUUCUCUACCUCGAACAGUCGACGACUCGAAAAGGGCGGCAGCUCCGACAGGUCCUCCAAACAAUACUCGUGGCCCGACUCCAACCACAGCCAUAAGGUCUCGGUAUCUACCAUGUCAAAGGGCAACAGUUAUCUUGAACUAAACCCAUCAAACCGCCACAAUGCACAUGAUACUGUUUAG